AUGUUACCUCAACCAUGGAGAUCGCCUGGCCAAGGCUCGGAAGACUUUGAUCCUCUACUUGAAUCAGCAAUACCUCCCACUCAUAAAGACGACCACAUUAACAUCCAGGACCAUGUCAGCGACGACGAGAGCGACGAUGAUCAAGAUGUGAAAGAUGCGCGUGCCAAACGACUGAGCGAAACCAAUGGCUGGCUUGGCUAUCUUCGAGACUUUACAAUCUUCAUUCCCUUCGUAAUCCCUCGGAAAGACUUCAAAAUACAACUAUGCCUACUCCUCUGUAUCACCACUUUUCUUCUGGAGCGAGUCAUUCAAGCUGCAAUACCGUACACUCUUGGUAUCGUUGCCGACAAAGUCACGUCUGGCAUCAUGCCGAUUCGAGAACUUUUCAUCUUUCUUGCGCUGGACGUUGCGAAUUCCGAGGCUGGCCUUUUGCUCGUUCAAGAGUUGUCCAAGAUCCCCAUCAAGCAGUUCUCGUACAGGGGUGUCACCAAUGCGGCUUUUAACCAUGUCAUGGCUCAGUCGCUUGAUUUUCACUCGACGCAAGACUCUGCCGAAGUCAUGAAAGCAGUUGAACAGGGUGAGUCGAUAGGUAUGGUGCUGCAAACAGUCGUCUUUGAUAUUGCGCCUCCACUGGUGGAUAUUGUCGUCGCUUGUACGAUAUUCUACCGCAAAUUCAACGCUGCCGUGGCACUUAUAAUGCUCGGUGCGUGCAUUGUUUACUUGAUUGCUCAAGGUUUUGCGACAAAAUUUACAGCUGGUGAUCGAAGGAACACGGCUAGGGCGGAACGAUUCCAGAUCCGCAAGAUACAUCAAGCCAUUCAGGGAUGGCAGACCGUGGCCUACUUCAAUCAGUUCAAGUGGGAAGCCAGGAAUCUCGCAGAUGCAGUCCUCGCUCAUUCUGCAACAAUGACGAAGUUCGAAAGAAAGCAGGCACUCCUCCAAGCCAUAAUGCACCUCUCGAUUCCCACGACAUGGUUUGUCCUUGCCUACAUGAUUUUGCAGCGCAUCGCAGCUGGCAAGACCCCACCUGGAAACUUUGUGUUUUUCCUGACAUAUUGGGAUGCCAUCGUUUACUCGCUUCAAUACCUUAUCAAUCACUUUCAGUGGUUGGCCAACGAUUUUGUGGAUGCCGAACGGCUGCUUCUGCUGUUGAAGACUAAGCCCUCGAUUGUAGAUGCACCUGAAGCAUACCCACUCGCUGUCCGCGACGGUGGGGUUUGCUUUGAAAACGUAUCCUUCAAGUACGAUGAAAGCCAAUACGCUCUCCACGACAUUUCCUUCACCGCCUCGCCUGGUCAAACCGUUGCACUCGUUGGCCAAACUGGCGCCGGCAAAUCGUCCAUUCUGAAACUUUUGCUGCGCUUGCACGACAUUACAAGUGGCAGCAUCACGAUAUCUGGCCAGAAGAUAAAAGACGUCACGCUGAGUUCGCUCCGCAAUGUCAUCAGCGUAGUUCCCCAAACACCCAUGUUCUUCAAUGCCUCGAUUAUGGAAAACCUGCGAUAUGCACGCAGCUCUGCAACCGAUGAGGAGGUGUAUGAAGCUUGCCGUGCAGCCGCCAUCCACGAAACCAUCCUCCGCCACACCGACACCUACAACACUCAAGUCGGCGAACGCGGCGUCAAGCUAUCAGGCGGUGAAGCACAAAGACUAGCCAUCGCCAGAGCACUACUAAGAAACACGCCAAUUGUGUUGCUGGACGAAGCAACCAGCGCCGUCGACACGAUGACAGAAGCCAAAAUCAAGACUGCGCUGGAGAAACUAAAACAGGGUAGAACUGUUUUGGUUGUUGCACAUCGGUUGAGCACUAUUGCCGAUGCAGAUCAGAUAUUGGUGUUGCAUGAGGGUAGGAUUGUUGAGAGGGGCAGACAUCAAGAACUUUGCGAUCGGAAAGGGAGAUAUUGGGAUCUCUGGGAACAGUCGUGA